CCAUUUCGGAGUUUAUUGAAAGAAGCAAAACGAAACAAAAAAAGAUCAAACAGCCAAACAUGAUUGUCUCACAUUCAAACUCGAUAUUGUGUGAAGAAUGUAUUCAAAUUCACAUGCUCUGAAUAUUAUCAAAUUAAGCAUUCUUGUGUGAAAUCACAGUCAAAUUAAGCAUUUGUCAUGUAUUCACAUGUAUUAGUGACUAGUCAAGUGUCAAUACUAUCAUUCAAUUGACUACACUAUAGUAGUAUAUCGACCAACGAGACCAGUUUUGUUGGUCGAUAUUCACUGAUACUCACUGAUAACUUGAUGAAAAUGUGUCAAACCAUGACUUUUAUGACAACACUGUACAAACUGUACGAGUCUAAAAGAUUAUUGAUGGAUAUUAUCCAAUUUGAUUGAUGACUGCGCUUAUUUUGUUGGUUCGAGUUUCAUUUUCUUUCCCUCCAAAAAACAACAUCGAAUGAAUAUUGAAACAACAAAAGCAGCAGCAACACAACUGUUGAAUGGAUACUACAACAUUCACACCUCAGACCUGCCAACACAGAGAGCCAAGUCUGAAUGGCAGGAUGACAACAAACGAGGUUUCUUCUUGGGCAUCAUCCAAGAGGGAGAAACCUCGCACACCACUCAGUUGCACGACCUGCUGGCUGCCAACCAAUUUGCAGAGCAGCAGCAGUUCUCAACCAAGGUCCAGUUGGCAGACUCAGAGCAUCCUCGUACAUUCAUUGACGAGAUGUUUGAGUACUACAUACUGCCAUUCCACAAAAAUUACAACAGCUCAUCCAGCUGCCACACUCCAGCUUCUUCAAGGGCACCAUCAAGAACCAACUCGGCUAGAAAUAUAAGCAAUGUCCCAAAAGAGAGUGAGCUGUCUCACAGGGACUUGAAGAAUGCUGUCGAGGAAAGAGACAGAGUCUGCUUGUUUUGCUGGGAUAAGCUGUCCUUGCAAGGAGCACACAUCAUCGCCCAAAAGAACAUUGGGGUAGCAUAUGAUGAAUCUCUUAUCCUGUUACGAGCUGGUCUAGCGCAGAAACAUCAAGUCCAAAACGGACUGUUGCUGUGUAUCAAGUGUCACGACCAAUUUGAUAAACUGGAGCGAUACGUGGAUGUGGUGGAUAACAAACUGGUGGUCAAGGUAGUCAACCAUUCAGUUCUCCUGAACGAUGACAAGCACAAGGAUUGGAAAUCGACAAGCAGUCGAAUCUAAUGGCGAGAUGGCGCUGUACUUUGUUCUUGGCGAUCCAACUCUGCAGCCAAACAGGAACGCACUAGAGUUCCACAGGGCAGCGUGUCUUAUUUGGCGUAUGGCUGGUGGUGCGGAGUUUGAUGAUGAAUGUUGUCCAUAUGAUGAUGACGAUGGCUGUACUCCUGUAGAUUACCGGAGUAAGAGCAUCGAAAAAUGGAUGGACUCAAGUGCUACUUUGAUUAUUGAAAAUGUUCAAUAAAAUUGUGUAUUCAUU